AAAAACAACACUCUCUAAAAAGUGAGUUUACGAACCGUAAAGCUAACGCAAUGACGUGAACGAAGCUCAGGAACUAUCCAACUCAAAAACCUGCUCAUAGAUAAAUUCAAGAUGGUGUUAGAAACUAUUUCAAAGAUAAUAAAAGUCCAGCUUCCAGCCUACCUCAAGAAGCUUCCCCUUCCAGAGACGAUCGGCGGAUUUGCAAGGUUAACAGUGUCAGAGUGGCUCCGAUUGCUGCCUCUCCUUGGUAUCCUAGCCUUGCUGGGGUAUCUGACCAUCCGUCCCUUCCUCCCCAAGAAGAAGAAGCAGAGAGACAGCCUCAUCAACCUGAAGAUCCAGAAGGAGAACCCAAAAGUGGUCAACGAGAUCGACAUUGAGGACCUGAAGAGCACAAACGUGUGCUACUGCCGUUGCUGGCGCUCCAAAACCUUUCCUGUUUGUGAUAAGUCACACAUAAAGCACAACGAGCUAACUGGAGACAACGUGGGUCCGCUCAUACUGAAAAAGAAGAUUCUAUAAUCCACCGUAAACUACUGAUGGGACUUUCCUCUCACCUCCUCAAUCUUUAGUCUUCAUUUCUUAUCGGAGUUUGUAUUUUGUAUCUAUUUGUAGAGACAUUUUGGUUUGUAUUCCUCUUAUAAUAUGUAUGUGCUGGUCAAAAACCUCUUGAUUUGAAGUGGUCCUUAUUUGGUGACACACUUACAACAUCAGAUUUCCACAGCCCCACAAAAGCUGUACUUUUAUUCUUCUUUAUUGACAGUGUGCCCUGACCAUGGUUUUUGCGUCUUUUAUAUGGCCUUUCAGUUGUCCGUUGUUUACUUCUCUGUCUGCAGUAGCUAAUUAAAUGAUGAACAGACAUUUUCUACUCUGGCUACAGAGCUUUUUGUAUGGCUGUAAAUUUCAUUUUAGAAGCUGCUGUUAGUUUUUUUUUUUUUUUUUUUUUUUUUUUUUUUUUUGCAGUGCGCAACUAGUUCCAGACUAUUGGGACCACUGAAAAGAAAACUUGAAACAUAACUGCAGUGACUUAAUGGUGAUUUGCAGUGAUGUAGUUCAACUUAAAUGAGUUGAAUAAUGUCCCGUUGGGAAAGGAGGCAGUUUUCAGUUUUCAGUUGAACGAAAUGCAUUAAAACACCAGGCCACCUCAGAAUCAAAAUGUCACAUGUGCUUGGCAGUCUAUUGCAAUAAUUGCAGUUAGUAAUUUAAAAUUAAAAAUUACUCUUAACAACCAAAAAAGAAAGUUUCACUAAAUGUGCGCAGUUAAUUAUUUAUUUCUGCAUUACUGCAUUUCUAAUUCAUGGCCAUUUGUUAAAACUGUUUGGAUUCCUUAGAUUUAGACAGUUCGAAGUACUGUAUUAUUUUGUAUUUCACUAACAGCCAGCCAUAUUCAGCUGCCUUUUUCUGCUUCAGAUUGCCUCUUUGCAUGCCAAAUGUAACAAAAUUUCCACACUUGCAGGAUGUGUAAUAUUUUUUUUAAGUUAUUGUGUGUAUGGGAGACAAUUUAACAUCUUUAUCAUAAUUCUUUCAUAGCUUUUCUUAAGUGCCAUUAUUUGUGAGUUACAAUGUUUUUUUGUUUUUCCAUAUAUUCAACUAUCACCCUCAAGCAUUUCAAUCCAUUGUACAACUGAGAAGAAUCUAGUUACAACAAAUACAACUGUAACCCCACUGUUCUCAUGGAGAAUUAAGUCACUUUUGCACCAAACUGUAACCAUUUUUGUCUUUUGUUGGCCUCUGUAUUGUGACAAUGACUGCAUUCAGCUGAGCUCCUGCUGGAGGUCUGUCUGUCCUUGAUUCAUGAGGAAUACUACAUUAGAUGAGCAGGUUGUAUUGUCAUGUAUACUGUUUUCAUAAGGAUGUACAAUGGUGAUUACGCUGUCUGCUCCUGAACUUUUGUAAAAUAGACUGGCUUGAAUUUAUUCAUCUUUCCUAGUUUUUGAUAUGUAACAUUGUGGACAGUUGUGUGGGGAAGCCCAGUUGCAGCUCUGUGCCCGUCUGUCACCAUUGAGAUGAGGGAACUCUUAUGUAAUCCUAAACUGGAACAAUGAUUUUAAUGAAUAUUUUUUUUAUUUGCCUACUUUGACUUACACCCCCUGGACCUUUGUAUCCCCAGAGAACGUGACUUACUGACCUGCACCUCUGGGGAGACAUGGUUUUCCACACACCUCACAAUGUCAGGCAUUAAUAUCACAUGUGCCAGAGUGGAGUAUUUUUGUCUGUUUAAAGUUAAAAGGCUUACAACAGUAAAAAUGUUGGUGAUAAAAUUCUGGGGAAAAAAAAAAAAAUCAAUAAGUGCAAUAUGUGUAUUGUAAAACAUUUUGGUUGCCGCUUGAUCAAAAAUUUGGUGAAACAGAAAUGUGCAUACAAUUCAAAGUUUGGACGUCAAUUUGAAUUAAAAUGAAUGUCUACACUUGUAAACCACCCUCAUGUAGCUAAUCAUGUGAAAAAAAUAUACAAUGAAUUGCACAUGACCCUAGAACAUGUGGAAAAAGUUUCAAUUCUGAGAUAUAAGCGUUUUACUGUUAAAGCGCCACCUACAGUUGGGAUUCGAGGCACUUUGGCACAUAUGCUCAGGACACUGUUGAGUACAUGUGGUUUGAGGUUCAUAUUGACUCGACAAACAGUUAUGGCCAUUUUAGUUAGCAUUUUGCGUAAACUUCAAAACACACAGCAGCCAAAAGGUUAAAAGUCUCAAAAAUCCGCCGACAACUUUUUGUUAGAAGAAGCCAGGGAUUGUGCACAGCAAAUGUGGUGAUGAUGGGACUUUACCCCUGAGGAUGAAUUCAUUCCAGUAUAAUGACUGUACAUAUAAAAUCUUGAGAGCCAUGUGGGCGCGGCUUACACCGUGAGCUCCAGCCCAAUGCGCAGAGUGUGGUGAUAUGAGAUUUUUCAAUUUGCAGUACACAGUUACAAUGUUUUUAGCUAAAAUGUGAAAUCAUUUAAUAUAGCACCACCAUCUGGCCAACUGAUGUCAUUUUUUGCCAUUUUUGUUGCCGGACCUAUGUUGUGAGUUUGGUGACUGUAGCAGAUACUUAAAAAAAAAAAAAAAAAAACCCCGAACAAUCCAAGCAAUUAUAAGAGGGUGCAAACCCCUUCAUUGCAUAGCCCCUAAAAAUACAAAAUAUUAUGCAAAAUUAAUCCAAGUCAGAGUUUCCUUGUGGAAAAACAUGUAAAUUUAAAGGAAUACAACUUUUUUAAUAAUGCUUCUCUCAAUGAGAAAUGAUUCUGCUAUGAUUCCAUAGCAGCAGAAUCAUAGCAUAUUUCUUAACAAAGCAUAGCAUACUUCUUCAUGAAGUUGCCACUUAAGCAAAAAAAACAAUGGAUUGUAUUUUUGUGGUUUUGUUAAUGUGGGACUGAUGCAAUUCGAUGUUCUUUUUAGCCAGGACUCUGAAACUAGCAGAGAUAGGGAUGAUUCUGUAGAGUAUGUUUACAGGAUCACAAGAUCACGCUAACUUAAAGGUCAAGUAAUAUUACAGGAAUGAUCUCUUUCAGCUGUAACAGCAAGUUAACAAGCUGCUCAGCUUUGGCAGAGGUCUGCAGCCUCAGAGUGCCUUCCACUUUCAAAAAGCAAAUAGUUACAAAACUCUUUAUUUAAAUAAAUGUGAUUAUCUGUGAUUAUUACCAGCACAAACAAUGUUGUGAGAAAACCCACACCGGAUCUUAAAAGCUGUGGAGUGGUUCUUGAUAUACAGAACAGUUGUAUGAUAUAGAGACAUUAUAAAACAGCCAGUACAUGUAUCAGAAUUCUAUAUGUUGCAUAGCUGUAAUAAAUAAAACUAUCAUACCAGAUACAAUGCACAAGAUAGUUACUUUUCAUGUCAAACCACCUGCAAACUUCAACAAUAUGGACAAUUUAGCAUUGUAGUCAUUUCUUACAUCUUUUUAAAUAAAACUAUUCUUAAGUCUUUAAAUAUGUAUCAAAUACUUGCUAAAAUACAUAGACAUUCUGAAUGACAUAAUAAUUCAAUCAAGAAAAACUCUGAACACAUACUGCAUAAUUCUGUAAUAAAAAUCAAAAAGUGAAGAAGCAAAAUGAUAAAAUGAACCUACUUCAUUCGCAACAAAUAUCCCAAAAAGAUUGUGUGUACAAUAUAUUGCCUAAAUAAUUCUUUUCAAAGAGCCACCUCAAAAGACACAAUAUUGCAUGUAGAGAAUGAUUGGUUUAUGUAGAAGCCUGUUCAGAAAGCUGGAAGAAAGUAUUGGUGAUUGUGGGCAUUGUCUCCUGAGUCUUUGGAAAUUAGACAAAACCCUAUUCAAAUCAAGACAACCUGAUAAUACA